CAAAAUUUAAAAUCUUGAUUUUAGUUUAUAAAAGUGAAUCAAAGGAAGAUGAACGAGUUUGUACUCAUACUAUCAUCACUAAUGCUGCUGUUAGUUAUGCGCAUUGCGCAUCCAUUCUCCUGCACAUAUCCCCAAGUUUUCCACUCUGUUUCUGUUACUAGUUACCAAAACUUUUAAACUUUUAAACUUUAAGCUUUGCGACUCUGUUUUCUCUCUCUCAUUUCAAAAUACCUAACCGGCGAGAAAGAAAAGAAGGGACGAGCUACGAUUAAUUAAUGGAUCCCUGCCCUUUCAUUCGGUUAACGGUAGCCAAUCUGGCGCUCAAAAUUCCUUUGGCUACUAAAUCUAAACGUUCUGUAGUCCAUCCUAGUUCUUCUCCGUGUUUUUGCAAAAUUAAACUCAAGAAUUCCCCUCUCCAAACAGCCCUAGUCCCCUACAUUCCUCCCGACAACACUAAUUUCCCCGACGGCCAUCCCCAAACUCUAGCCGCCACAUUCCACUUGAGCAAAUCCGAUCUCGACCGCUUAUUCGCCAAGUCAAUCUUCUCCGGGAGGGUUUAUCUUAAAAUCUCUAUUUACACCGGUCGACGCGGCACUACCUGCGGGGUUAAUUCCGGGAGGCUUUUAGGGAAAGUGUGUGUUCCGCUGAAUCUGGCGGGAACCGAGUCUAGGGCUUGUGUGUUUCAUAAUGGAUGGAUUGCUGUUGGUAAAGAAGCUAAUAAAGUUUCGUCUGCUGCUCAGUUUCAUUUGAAUGUUAAAGCUGAACCUGAUCCGAGAUUUGUGUUUCAGUUCGAUGGUGAACCUGAAUGUAGUCCUCAGGUUUUUCAGAUCCAAGCAAAUAUCAGGCAACCUGUUUUCACUUGCAAGUUCAGUUUUAGAAACAUCGGUGACCGAAAUCAACGAUCUAGGUCAUUGCCCUCAUCAGAGGCAAGAAGUUGGCUGAGUACAUUUGGUAGCGAAAGGGAGCGACCGGGAAAAGAACGAAAAGGAUGGUCGAUAACUGUGCACGAUCUCUCCGGUUCCCCAGUAGCAGCUGCUUCAAUGGUCACACCAUUCGUGGCAUCACCCGGCUCAGACCGAGUCAGCCGUUCCAAUCCUGGCUCAUGGCUUAUUCUUCGCCCUGGGGACGGCACCUGGAAGCCAUGGGGCCGGCUUGAGGCCUGGCGCGAGCGCGGCGCCUCUGACGGACUCGGCUACCGGUUCGAACUUAUUCCCGACACUAACGCUGCCGGCAUUGUGCUAGCGGAGUCUACUUUAAGUUUAAAGAAAGGUGGAAAUUUUGUGAUUGAUUUAGGGGUCAACUCAAACGGACGCUCGAAUGCCGCGUCACCGGUUUGUAGUCCGAGAGGUAGCGGUGAUUUCGGGUAUGGACUGUGGCCCUAUUGUGUGUACAGAGGAUUCGUAAUGUCAGCUAGUGUUGAAGGAGAAGGGAAGUGCAGUAAACCUAGCGUUCAAGUUAGUGUUCAGCACGUGAAUUGCACGGAGGAUGCGGCUGCUUUUGUUGCAUUAGCCGCUACUGUUGAUUUAAGUAUGGAUGCUUGCAGGCUUUUCUCUCAACGCCUAAGGAAAGAGCUGUGUCAAGAUAGGGAUUUGCUCGCCUGAUUUUUGUUGUCGUUUUAUGUUUUUAUCUGGGUGAAUGGAUGGGUUUUUAAUUCCAUCAGCAGGGAUUUCUUUCUUUUUUUUUACCCUUUACUACUGACAAAACUAUGUACAGUGACUGAGAGAUAGAGAGCGAUCUCGUCUUAGACAGGCACGCUUUAUUUUUCGCUUGUGUGGCUUGUAGUGAUUUUUCCCUUUUUGUUCUUUUAAAUUUUGGGAAGGAAAAGAAAAUAAUAAUAGUUCUUUUUCCUAUUUUGUUUUGGAAAUAUUGCAGUCUUGCUGCUGACUUCAAAACAUAUAGUGUUAUAAAAUGUAGAUGAUGGUUUGAUUA